AUGAUCCGUACAAAUACCCAGUUCAGGGCUUCCAACGGGCCGUACUACAGUCCGUACAAAGUGAACCGUAACGGUCACGUGUUCAGUACAAACGUACCGAGUUCUUACAAUACGUACACCUACCUCUCCUCCUCCCUGUCGUACGAACGUACACAAAAUCUCACCCGUACAGGCCUCAAAAUCGCCCAAUCGUACAGUACUACGCCUCCCGCACCGUACGUCUAA